AAGGCAGUUAAGAAGACAACGGACUUUUAACCUCCAAUGCGACUUCGAUCUUCUUCUCCGCGCUCUUGAAUUUUCGAUCUCCGUUUGGCGAUUCGACGGGUUACGAUCGCGUGAAUCGCCGGCGAGGAGAUUCGAUCGACGGAUCGGUUUUGCGGGGAUUCGGUCAGUCAUGGCGACGGAGAGCAAAUCCGGAGUGAUGAAGGUGAGAUUCGACAGUUCAGCUCACGGCAAGAAGAUCGAGAGCUCCUCGAGCCGAGAUUCCGCCGCCUGGAAGCACAAAUCUGCUUCUUCCGUGGUGAAAACCGAGGUGAAGUCUAAAACGAUGCCGAGCUCAUCGAAAACCACGACGAGAACUACAACCACUAAAGUGAGAGAGAAGAAAGUGUUCAGUUUGCCUGGCCAGAAAUUUGAUCCUCCUGAAGAGAGGGAACCCUUGAGGAUAUUUUACGAGUCAUUAUCGAAACAAAUCCCGACGAGCGAAAUGGCAGAGUUCUGGAUGAUGGAACAUGGCUUGUUGUCCCCUGAAAGAGCAAAAAGAGCAUAUGAGAAGAAACAGAAGAAGCAAAAGCAAAUACGCAUGGGAACCCCCAUUAAAUCACCAUAUACGCCUAGCAAAACCGAAAGCUCACAGAAACAGCAAGCCUCCAAAAAUGGCGACUUAAAGUCCAAGAGAAGAGUCAUCCAGGACAGUGAUGACGAAGAUGACUUCAUUUUAAGUCAUAAGAGAAGGAAAGUAUAGAAGAUACCAUAAAAUCUUCGCUUACGCAUUGCUUCAUUUACUUUAAGAACAUUGAACUGCAAGGCAGGGGUAGUGAAGCAAUCAAUGUUGCG